AUGGCAUCAUUGGUCAAUAAAUUGAAACAGGUAUUCUCAAGAGGUAGAUUAUCGGUUGGUGAAGAUGUAUAUUUCGAUUCACAUCACUAUCGUUUCCCAGCUCCUGGAUCACAACCACCACCCGAUGUAACACACAAAGUACCAUUAAAGACAAGAUCGAUGACCAAGAUCUACAAGUACUUGAAGAAGAGAGGUGAAGUACAACAUAUGCGUCCAACACCACAGUUUUCAGAUAUUUCACAGUCCGAUGCAGAUGUAUUGCGUGCACAAGAGUACUACGAGAAGGAACCAUACCCAGUGACCAAGCCAAUUCCACGUGAUCAAAUGGUGUUGUUCAACGAGAUCAACGGUGGUCACGCAUACGACAUUCGUAACGUCAACAACUUCCUCACUCAUAAAUCAGACCUCGAGAUCCCAGGUGGUCUCUCUGCAGAGCGUAUCGUAUUCACCUACCAAGAGUACAACAUCGAUACAUUCGAUCAUAUUCCAAAGAAAGUUGAAAAUAUCUUUUUAAAUUCAUUCACUUUCUUUCUUAAUUUAAAAUAUUUCAACACAUGUUGGAUUCUUCGUUCCUUCACUCCUGACUAA